AAACUCUUCUACAAGUAACAUUCCCCCACCAUCUGACAGCUCUCCACCCAUCAACUCGAAACAUAAUGUUUUGCGCAAGUAUGUCGCGUUGAUCAAUAUUCUUUACACGUGAAGGGUCAAUUGCUAAUGAUUAUGGUUUUUCCAGUUUCUGGGGAAGCGCCAACCGUUCCCGUCAUCUCGUCAAAAUCUGGUAGCCUCUUUGAAAAGCGCUUGAUCGAGGCUUACAUUGAAGAGCAUGGCACCGAUCCCAUCAGUGGUGAAGAUUUGAAUAUCGCUGAUCUGAUUGAAGUUAAAUGUUUGUUUUAUUGCAACCUGUUUUCAUAUCUCCCCCUCCCCUUCUGUGAUCUUGGCUAACGUUUUACUUUACAGCCUCAAAGGUUGUCCGCCCGAGACCUCCUACACUUACCUCUAUACCCGCGCUACUUACUUCUUUUCAAGACGAAUGGGACUCCAUUAUGCUUGAGACUCACAAGCUCCGCAGCCAACUCGUCCAGGUUAGGCAAGAACUUACAACUGCGCUCUACCAAAAUGAUGCGGCAGCUAGAGUUAUCGCCAGAGUUACCAAAGAGCGAGAUGAAGCGAGAGAGGCGCUCGCGCAACUGUCUGUUGUUACCGGGCCGGGGCCAAGUCGUGGCCCUGAUGAAAUGGAGGUUGAUAAGGAUGGCCUUCCAAAUUACGUUAGAGAAAGGAUCGAUGAGACCAUGAAACAGUAUGUUCCCCGUCACCCCUUCCGGAAGAAUGGAAUGGUAAAUAAUUGCGUUGAAGAUUAUCCGCCUCGAGGAGAAAACGUGCUAUUCCCCAAGGCUGGACCGAUACAGACAGUGUCUCGACUUUCCAGACCCUACGUACAUUGGAAACACCAUUUUCUGGUGCUAGCUCCCUUGAUCUCGAUGCUACCGGCGAACUCACGCUCGUUGGUGGAGCUAACGGGUCUUCUGGAAUUUACUCACUUGCCCAGGAGAAUAUGGCAACUAUUCUUAAUGCCUCCGACGGUGCUAUCGUUGAUGUCGCCUGGGCCGGGAGAAAUGCAGUUACAGCAAGUGCAGGUGGUGUUCUCAGGAUAUGGGAUCAACAGGGCAGCGAUAGUACCACCAUUAAAGCUCACUCUGGCGGGCUAAGGGCUUUGGCUGCUCACCCUAGGGAUGAUCUUCUGGCCUCUGUUGGUGAAGAUAAGAGCUGGGUUGUCUACGAUUUAGAGGCAUCGAAACCUGUUAUUCAGGCCUACGGGGAAGAUGGUAUGUUCUAUGAUCCAUUGAGUUGAUUAUACAAUUUAGAAACAUAGACGAUUCUAACCUCCCUAGAAAUCUCCACCGCCGACUUCCACCCUGAUGGUCACCUGUUCGCGACCGGGACCGGGAAUUCCGCUCUUAUUUAUGAUAUCCGCACCACAGUUAUCGGCGCAGAUUUCAAGCUCGGCGGUACCGUUUCCUCUAUGAGCUUCUCCGAAAAUGGUUUUUGGUUGGCGAUUGCUUUGAAUGGCGGGACCGAUGUUCAGAUCUGGGAUCUGAGAAAGAUAACACAAACUAAGGCUCUGGAUAUCGGUAGCAGGGUGGACGCUGUCAAAUGGGAUUACACUGGCCAGUAUCUCGCAACCAGUGGACAAGCUGGAAUCAGUGUCCAGGCCUAUUCGAAAUCUACCAAAUCUUGGUCCGAACCUCUGAGGACUGCCGUCUCCGCUGUUUCCACCGCUUGGGGUAAUAACGCAGCCAGUUUGGUGGCUGUCGACUCGCAAGGAGUUUUGACCUGGUUGGGAAUCGGAGAGGGGUCGUAAUACCAAAAGGAAACCCACUUGUACCCUCCCUUCGUUCCUCCUUUCUUUCUUUCUUUCUCUUUCCACUGAAAAUCUAGCAACUUGUCUUCUCUUUUCACCUGUAGCAUUAAAGCAGCGUCACGGGACUUUUUUUAUUUUUAGUUUUUUUACCUACUGUUUUUCGGCUUUCGGUAUGCAUUUCUUGGGCAAAUUGUGAUGUUACAUGUAUUAUAAGAACAGAGAGGUUCUCUCUUGCUACUGCAACCAUUAUAGCUUUGAGCCUUUUGCGGAGAGAUUUCAUAGCUGCCUUAAGCCACCAUUAUACCCAAGAGUGUUCACUUUUUUCCGGUCCCCAUACUGUUCCACCAUGCUAGGAUACAGUUACUACUGUAUAGCUUUUAAGUUGAGAGAGCUUUGUAUGGCG